GGAAAAGUCAUUCAGAGUUUUGAGAGUUGAUACUCUACAGCUUCUUCUUCGCGUCUGUGAUUCUGCCACAUCUCCUCUGUAAUUUCUCGAACGACAAUGGGGGAAGUGUUAUUCGAGCUGGACCAAGUUAUGAGGGCCAAGAAGUAUAAUUUGACGGUACAAGAAAGGAAUACAUUGCUUAGUUGCAAAUCUAAGGCUAUCAAGGAUUAUACUGUGGGAGCUCUUUUGGGAGCUGGUGUUGCUUGGAUAGGAACAUCAAAGCUGAGUACGUUUGGUCGAAUAGGUAUUUCAGCAGGAGCUUCUGCUGCUGUUGGAUUGUGGAGACUUGGUACAUCUUUAAAUUCGUCCAUUGAUCAGAUUCUUACUUUGCAAGAAAGUACUAUGCAAAGAGAGUUAGCAUCUAUAGUAGUGAAAAGGUAUUGGAAUGAUCCAUGGAGAAUGCAGCUCAUCAGCAAGCACUUUUACUCUGAGAAAGUUUUUGAUGACUCAACCGUGGAUCUUCCAAAAGUAAGGUGGCGGUUCCGUAAUUUCUUUAGUGAUAGCGGUAGUCUUGGCCAAACAACACAUGAUAGUGACUCUCACAGUGAUUCCCAAGGUGAAGCCCAGAGUGAUUCUCGUGGUGAUUAUAAUAGUAAUACCCAGAGGGAUCCCAGUGGCACUCGAACUGAGUCUCGCAGGGACUUUGAAGGAAAAUUUAAAUUUGAGUCCAAGCAAGCUCCUAUGAACACGGCUCUUGAUUCAAUGGACCCCUUUGAUUGCUUUUUCGGUUAUCCAGCAAUGGAGGAUAUUACUCACCCUAGUAACCCCUCAACCACAUCCCCCAGAACACACACUCGUAACCAUAGAAGAGCUCAACGUAGGCGCCGAAUGCGCCACCAGGAUGCCUUGAACUCCCACCAUGCAUAAUUGUGAGUUGUAUCUAAAUAAAACAUCUUGGAGGAUAUCACAGAGAAGAAAAGUAAAAAGGAAGGUAUAAGUGGAAAUAUUGAUAUGAUUUCAGGUACAUCUGUUAUCUAUUCUAUACCGUUGCAAAGUAGUUUGUUGGCUCAAUGGUUAAUACCAUAUAGUCUCAAUAUGGACUCUUCAAAUGCUUCUACCAGGCUCCUCUAAAUGCAGGGAAUUAAUGUUCAGUUGGUUAUAGUUAUGAUGCUAUUAUGUUGGAAAUUUAAUAUACUGGCCUUAGUAGCAACAGUAAUCACAAUUAUUAUGCUGUUAAAAGUCUUGACGCCAGCAUGAGGCAGCUGAUGAUGAUAAGAGGAAGACAUUUAGGUGGGAGAAUUCAUAAUGGGAGUGUUUAUUGUGUGAAAUUUAGAGCAAUGUUUUGCCUGAAUUGUUUAUCUAUUUCUUGUUGAAACAAUCGUCCUAUUUGAGCUCUUUUCCCUUGAACAAAAUAUUUCAUAUGAUGUGAAAAUAAAUAAAUAAAAAGAAGAGCUUGAAAGUUCCUUCAAA